CUGCGUGCUCGCCUCCACCGGUCCCGUUACGCCUGGGGAGCCCGAGCUGGGGCCUGGACGCUUAUCUGCCGGUGGCAGGUUGUCCUCGGGGGAGAGCGAGAUAGUGACAGAAUGGGUGGGCCCCAUCACUGCGGGCUGCUCAGUUUCCAGAAGCCCUUGGCAUUAAUCCUCGACCUCCCGCCUGGGUCACUGGCAUUUCAGGGACUUAGAGCCUGGCCUAUAGUAAGGGCUCAGGAAUCCGUGCCAUUCGUUCCUGCUAGGCAAGAUGUUUCAGAGCUGUCUUGGCCGUUUCUGUCUCCUGGGAUCCCCUUUCCUCCUUGCUCCCUCUCCACCUCCUUCAGGGCCCAGUCCAUCCAGCUGAGUUCUGGUAGCUUCUCUGCAUCCCUGCCUGGAUCCCCUCAUUUUCCAAGCCCCUCCUCUAUGCCAGGCUCCAACUGGGUGCUGGUGCCCAACACACAGUGGGCUCAGAGAGUGGGGGCAGGGGAACAGACCAGCAAAAGAAUAUGUCAACAGGAAGUGGCCAGGGCUCCAACAGGGUUCAAUCCAGGAAGGCUUCCCACAGGAGGUGAUCUGCAAGUUGGGCCAGGGUCAUGCGAGUACCAUGUGGCUGGAGCAUGGGUGUGCAGGGAGGGGGGGGUCAGUGUGGGGAGAGGCAAGGGCUGGGCAGGCCCCGUCUUAAUGCGGCGGUGCCUUGUACCAAGAUCCAGCCCGAAGUAACCCAUCUGAGGACCCCACUGACAGCUGCAAAAAAAGCCGCAACGCUGACCCCUCCAACUUUGUCCAACUUCAGGUGGUGGAGCCCGGACCGCGGUUCCGGGGACAGGUGAGCGGCUGGCGGGCGCGCAGGGCCCCUCCUCCCCCGCGCCUCCCAGAUGGGCAGAGGGAGGCUUUGGAGGCUGCGCCCAGGCUCUGAGCUGCUCUAGGUUUGCCGACCGGCUGGGCGUGAGUCACAGACAUGGCCCAGCCGCUGAACUUUGUCCUCAAUGUUCCCGAGACCCCAGAGGACCACGGCAGCCAGGAGCCCAGCCCCUAUGAUGAGAGCGAAGUCCAUGACUCCUUCCACCAGCUCAUCCAGGAGCAGAGCCAGUGGGUGGCUGAGGAGGGGCUGGAGCUGCAGCAGAGGGAGCCAGGGGCUGGAGGCCAGGAGACCUCAGGACACCUGGACGAGUCUUUCUGCUUCGUAGGCAGUGGCCAGCAGGCCCUGCCGGGGCCCGAGGAUGCCCUUGUGCACAGCACAGCCACGCUCCGCAUCUUGGCCAGCAUGCCCAGUCGCACUAUUGGCCGUAGCCGCGGUGCUGUCAUCUGCCAGUACUACAACCGCUCCGUGCGGCUGCGACGCAGGGUCAGCCGGCCCGAGCUCAAGGGCGUGAGGCGCUCGGCCCGGCCCAGCCUCCGCCUCUACGACCUGGAGCUGGACCCCGCGGCCCUGCAGGAGGAGGAGAAACGCUUCCUCCUGGUGAAGGAGCUGCAGGGCCUGCCGGCGGCCCAGCGGGACCACAUGCUCCGGGGAAUGCCCUUGGGCCUGGCCGAGAAACGCUGCCUGCGAGAGGAGAGCCAGACCCCGACGGGGAAGCAGAGGGGCCGGCAGGGCCCGCGUGGGCUGUUCCCCUGCUGUGGCCGGCUCCGAGACGCCUGCGUCCUGGCCCUGCACAGCCUGGGGCUCGGGCUGCUCGCGGGUCUGCACGCCCUGAGGCCGUGGCGCUACGCCCUGAAGCAGAUCGGAGGCCAGUUCGGCUCCAGCGUGCUCUCCUACUUCCUCUUCCUCAAGACCCUGCUGGCCUUCAACGCCCUCCUGCUGCUGCCGCUGCUGGCCUUCAUCGUGGGCGUGCAGGCGGCCUUCCCGCCGCCGGCCCCCCCGGGCUCUGCACGCAGCUUCACGGGCCUGGAGCUGCUCACCGGCGGGGGCCGCUUCACGCACACGGCCAUGUACUAUGGCUACUACGCUAACAGCACACUGAACCAGCCGUGUGCGCCAGCCCCCGCUGGCGGCCGGUGUAGCCGCGAGGCCGCCGGCCUGCCCUACAGCAUGCCCUUGGCCUACCUCUUCACUGUGGGCCUAGCCUUCUUUAUCACCUGCGUCACCCUCGUGUACAGCAUGUCCCACUCUUUCGGGGAGAGCUACCGGGUGGGCAGCACCUCGGGGGUUCAUGCUGUCACCGUUUUCUGCUCCUGGGACCACAAGGUGACCCAGAGACGGGCCUCCCGCCUCCAGCACGACAACAUCCGAACCCAUCUGAAGGAGCUGUUGGCCGAGUGGCAGCGACGGCGGGGCUCCCAGAGCGCAUGCGGGCGGCUGCGGCGGGUGGCCGUGCGGGGGCUCGUGUGGCUGCUGUCCCUGGGGACUACGCUGGGCUGCACCGUGGCCGUCUACGCCUUCUCCGAGCUCAUGAUCAAGAGCCCGGUGUCCGCCGAGCAGGAGGGGGCGCUGCUGGCCCUGCCCGUGGUGGUCGGCCUCCUCAACCUGGGGGCCCCCUACCUGUUCCGCUGCCUGGCGGCCCUGGAGCGGCACGACUCGCCGGUGCUGGAGGUGUACGUGGCCGUCUGCAGGAACCUCAUCCUCAAGAUGGUCAUCCUGGGCAUUCUUUGCUACCACUGGCUAGGCCGCAGGGUGGGCACCCUGAAGGACCAGUGCUGGGAGAACUUUGUGGGCCAGGAGCUGUAUCGGCUCGUGGUGCUGGACUUCGUCUUCGUGCUGCUGGACACACUGCUCGGGGAGCUGGUGUGGAGGCUCAUCUCUGAGAAGCAGCUUAAGAGGAGGGAGAAGCCGGAGUUCGACAUUGCCGGGAACGUUCUGGAGCUGAUUUACGGGCAGACCCUGACCUGGCUGGGGGUCGUUUUCUCCCCUCUCCUCCCUGCCAUCCAGAUUGUCAAGCUGCUGCUUGUCUUCUAUGUCAAGAAGACCAGCCUGAUGGCCAACUGCCAGGCGCCCCGCCGGCCCUGGCUGGCUUCGCACAUGAGCACCGUCUUCAUCUCCUUGCUCUGCUUCCCCUCCUUCCUGGGAGCCGCUAUCUUCCUCUGCUUCGCUGUGUGGCGGGUGAAGCCCUCGAGCACCUGCGGCCCGUUCCGGAGCCUGGACAGCAUGUACGAGGCUGGCAAGGUGUGGGUGCGCCGUCUGGAGGAGGCGGGCCCCAGGGUCUCCUGGCUGCCCUGGGUCCACCGGUACCUGGUGGAGAACACCUUCCCCGUCUACCUGGUGUCGGCCCUGCUGCUGGCGGUGAUCUACCUCCACAUCCAGGUGGUGAAGGGUCAGCGGAGGGUCAUCUGCCUCCUGAAGGAGCAGAUCAGCAACGAGGGGGAAGACAAAGUCUUUUUGAUCAACAAGCUUCAUUCCGUCUAUGAGAGGAAAGAGAGGAGCAGACACCGAGCCUCCUUUGCUACUGUGGGUACCAGGAUCCCUGCUCCCCAGCCUGGUGUCAUGAGCAGUCACCCCAGAUCUCGGCUUACCUUGUGUCACCCACCCGUCCCCUGCUUUCCCCAGGCUGGCAAAAUCUGGUCGGCCUCCCGGGCCCAGGGCCGUGCCACCUCCUGCAGGAAGUCCUCCCGGGGAGCAGGCACUCUCACAGUACACACAGGCACCUGCUCGGCAGAAUGCUGGGUGCGCUUUGCCCACUUUGACUCCCAUUCCUCGCUUUUCACUUCUCCCGACUGUGACCCCCUUCGGUGCUGUCCUUCGUGACUUUCCGAAGAGGUUGGGCAGAGCCAGGAGUUUGCCACCUCACCCUAGGAACCCUGGUCCUAGGUGGAAGGGGAGUGGAGACAGAAAGACACUCCUUCCGCUGGUCUCUGAGCAAGGGGUCACGGAGGACACGCUGGCCUGUCUCCCAGACACCGUCUUGACAAUCCUGGCCGUCAGAAGCACUGGUGCUCGCCAGACUGAUUUAAGGUCAUGGUGUCUGCAGUGGGCCUGAGACACCCCCCGCCCCCAGUGUCGGCUCAGCUCCCUAGCUGCCACCAGAGGCCACGCUAAGUCACUGCCUUUGGUGCCCUGAGUUCUGCUCCGCGUGUGCAAAACGCUUUGUGAAAGUCACCUUUCAACUGUUAUUUUAGGCUACUUUACAAGAAUAAAUGAAUAAAAUGUCCAGGAAACACAAAA